UCAAACUCAGAAAUCCACCUGUCUCUGCCUCCCAAGUGUUGGGAUUAAAGGUGUGCACCACUACCGCUUGGCAGGUGUUUUUUAUAUUAUCUUUUGGCUUUGAGUCUCCUUCUGCUAUAGUGCCAUCAUAUAGGUCUUUCUAAGAUUUACUUAUAUAGUGAAUUUUAGAACACUGGGGCUGGAGAGAUGUUCAGAGGUUAACAGUACUUGUUGUUCUCACAGAGGACCUAAGUUGGAUUUCAAGCACCCAUAUGGUUGCUCACAACCAUCCAGAUAAUUAAUAUCUUCUAAUUUUCAUAGGAAUGUGGUACAUAUAUGUGUAGACCAAUUCUCAUAUGCAUGAAAUAAAUGUAAAAAAUUCACUUGGUUAAAUAUGUUCAUACAUGCUCAUAAGGUAUAGCCAACAUGGCUUUUAUCUGAAUGUGCUUAAUAGCGAGAGGACAGUUCUUGUUUUUAAGAAAAAACUAUUCAAUUUUACCAUGAUUUCUGUUGGAGAAAGAAAGUUGUGUAUCAUAUAUUGCAUUGAUUCAAUAUUUCCUUACCUGAUGUUUGUGGGUAGCAUUUGUGGGUAGGAAACAUAUGUCUGUAGUUCUCUUUCCAUGUUUGCAAAUUUCCGUAAAGAUGUUAGACAUAACAGUAUAUAGGUAUAGGAAUUUGGAGCCAUUGACUUUCUAAUUUUAAUAAUUUAGAAUUUAAUAUUAUUUUCAUUUUUCCAAAAUGUAUUUUAUAGCUGAGACAAACAUCUUUUUUGAUCUAAAUUUAAAAAGCCCAGUACCUGAAGUAACCCAUGGAUAAACCUCACAUUAUCAUUGUUAUUUAACAGUAAGAUCUUAGGAAGCUUGGUAAAUAUUGUCACCUUUUUGAUGAUAGAAAUGUCCUGGGAUACUAAUAAAUUCAUUUCAGCUUGAUUUUGAAUUAAUAUUUUCCUACAUUUUUAUAAUAAGAUUCACAUUGCUCAUAAGGAUGCAUGUGCUUGUUGUCAUAUCUGAGCUUGUCCCUGGGGCUGAUACAGUGGAAAGAGAGAACUGAUUCCUGAAAGUUGGUCUCUGACCUCUGAAUGCCCAUCAUGACAUAUAGACCUCCCCAAUAAAUAAAUAAGCAUAAAAGAAGUUUAUGGACCUCAGCUCUUGCCCCUGGAGCCGGCCCAGUUCAAGGGGUGGGUCCCGCCCCGACCCCUCACUCGCUUCCAGAACCUGGAUCACAGCAACAAACAUUUGCGAUCCCCCGGCCACCACAUCAGCCCCUGCAAAUGCCAAAGAUGAUGCCUGAAAGCCAGUAUCCAUCAGAACAGAGAUUUCAGAGACAGCUGUCUGAGCCCAGCCAUCCCUUCCCUCCUCAGUCAGGAGUUCCUGGAGAUAAUCACUCCAGCUACCACCUGCAGAUGUCAGAGCCCAUAGUCCCCGCAGCUCUGCCACCCCUUCAGGGAUUCAAGCAGGAAUACCAUGACCCACUCUAUGAACAUGGGGUCCCUGGGAUGCCUGGUCCCCCAGCACAUGGGUUCCAGUCACCUAUGGGAAUCAAGCAAGAGCCUCGAGAUUACUGUGCUGACUCAGAAGUGCCUAACUGCCAGUCAUCCUACAUGAGAGGCGGGUAUUUCUCCAGCAACCAUGAAGGAUUCCCAUACGAAAAGGACCCCAGGCUAUACUUUGAUGACACUUGUGUGGUGCCCGAAAGGCUUGAAGGCAAAGUCAAGCAGGAGCUCACCAUGUAUCGAGAGGGGCCCCCUUAUCAACGGCGAGGCUCUCUGCAGCUGUGGCAGUUCCUCGUCACCCUUCUGGAUGACCCAGCCAAUGCCCACUUCAUCGCCUGGACUGGCCGAGGCAUAGAAUUUAAGCUCAUAGAACCAGAAGAGGUUGCCCGUCGCUGGGGUAUUCAGAAGAAUCGGCCAGCCAUGAACUAUGACAAGCUGAGCCGCUCUCUCCGCUAUUACUAUGAGAAAGGUAUCAUGCAGAAGGUGGCUGGGGAACGGUACGUCUACAAGUUUGUCUGUGACCCGGAUGCACUUUUCUCCAUGGCCUUCCCGGAUAAUCAGCGCCUGUUCCUGAAGGCAGAAUCGGAAUGCCCCCUCAAUGAGGAGGACACGCUGCCGCUAACUCACUUCGAAGACAACCCUGCUUACCUCCUGGACAUGGAUCGCUGCAGCAGCCUCCCCUAUGCUGAAGGCUUCGCUUACUAAGUUUCUGAAUGGCUGAGUAGCCAAACCCUAGAGCUAGCAGUCCUCAUUCAGGCGAACAAGGGCAGUGGUUUUGUUUGUGUUCUUGGCUGUUCCUAAAGCUUGCCCUUUUGAGUAUUAUCGGGAGAACCCAAGCUGUCUCUGGAUUCGACACCCUUAAAGACAAUACCUUGGCUAGGGAGUGGGAACAGGGAGAGACAGAAAAACCACCAAUUCCUGGGGAGACAUGGAAGUCCCCCUCCUUGCCACCAUGGCCAGUAUGUGCAGAGCAGUAGAGCAUCGUGUUCAGGUUAGCGCCCAUGAAAGGGGACGGAGUGUAUGACAAUCUGCGUUGAUCAUGGACUACUAAAAUGCCUUCUUCGCACAGGAGGCUUUGACUUGCACAAUUCUUUGGAAAGAAACUGCACACCCCUAGGAAAGUUGAUAAGGCUGGGUUGGGGAGACUCGGACCAUUGCGGCUUGGAAUUGCAAAACUCUUGUAUGCUCCUGAAAUCUUUCCCCCUGUAGUCCAGAACUGGGGAGGCCAGGAGAGCUGUUACUCACUCCGUGGUUGUCAGACCGCUGCUCCUCUUGGGCCUUCCAGCCAAGCGAGCGGUCACCAUAGGUAAAUCAAGUCCUCCUCCUCCCAGUCACAUGGCUGAGCUCAGAUGGCUUGUUUUAGAAAGAUGACAAACAUGACAGUAUUUUGUUCUGCUUUGAUUUGAGGGGGGGAUCAUUUUGCUUUUGGUGAUUG